GGCGCUGAAUAUGUCAUUGCAGAGGGCUUGUCUGCAACCAUGAUACCGGACGACACGACGACGUGAAGUGUCAGUGCAGUGAACAUUCUUCUACUUCUAGACAGCUCGGGUCAAUAUGCAGACUUGCAAUGCAUCACGCUCAGUUAGGCAAACAGCGAAAUGCUUUUCGUUGCGCGUUGCUGCGUUGUUUGCGCUGGGGCCCCGUCCUCAUCGCGCUGUGUGCUGCGCUGCUGGCCCAGAAGUUCCAAACAGCGGCCGCUCCCGUCCUAUAAAGCGUCGAUUAUGGUCCGGGCAACGCAGCAGCAGAGCCACGCCUCAGGAGCCGCCGGCGAUUGACGAGACGAAAGCACAAGCGGAGUCGUCUGUCGCUGCGCAGAUGACUGAAGCUAUGCGAGAGGCCUACAGCGAAAUGUCGGACGAGGAGCGCAAGGCCUUUUUGGAGUACCUUGCGGUCCAGCAAGAACAAUUGGCACGCGAGGGAGUGGCGGAGCUGCCGCCCGAGCAGCAAGAGCAGCUUAUGCGCGACAGCGCGAUGGGAUUGCUGGGUGUGGACAAGGAGGCGUUUGCAGCCCGCGUGUGGCCACUGGUCCUUGGGUCGCUGCCACCUUCCGACGCCACCAUCCUGCGCAAGGCCUUCCCCUCCGGCUGGAGCGGCUUCAAUGAGUUGUCUCGCCGUGACGUGCUCAACGGCCUAGCGCGGCUCAGCCCUCGCGAGCGUACACGGCUGCCGCAGGUGCUCGACGACGUUCGCUUGCUCCAGCUCCGCAUCGCCGCCGGUACCGAGGCGCUAGAACAGCAGGAGCGCAUCGAGGCGGCCCGGCGACGCCGCCGUGCCGCCCAGAAGGGCCUACAGAUGUCGGAGGAUGACCUGCAGAAUCAGGAGGCAGCGGGCUGGGUGGGCGGCGACGGUGGCGCGGAGGGGGAGGCGCCAGACUUUGCGGGGCGGCCGGGAAACAUGGCUGAGCUCAUUGGGCGGUUGCGGCAGCAGCUGCAGCAGCAGACGCCGCCGGCACCAGGCUCACGAGGCAGUGGCAAUGGAAAUGGCACCAGCAGCAGUAGCAGUAGCAGCCGUGAAGCCCAGCCGCGGCUUUCGCCUGUCGAGUUGGAUGCAUGGGAGGCCCGGCUAGUGGCGCGGCGGGCGGCGGCGGCGCGCGACGCCGCCACCGCCGAUUCCGCCGCCGCCGCCGCCAGGCAGCAACCCGGCGCCAGCACCAGUGGCAGGGGCGCUUCCACCUCCACCUCAUCCGCGGCGGCGGCUGCAGCGGCGGCCGCGGCGGCGGAGGCGCUGGGCGCGGGCGGUCUGGGCGGCGGCGGCCUGGGCGAGCGGCUGGGGCAGAUGAUGGCGGCGUAUGAGCGCUACGGCGCCGGCGGCGGCUGGGAGGCGGAGGCGGAGCGGCGGCAGAGCGCCGAGAUGCGCAACCUGGUCAGGCUGCACCAGGAGCUGACCGAGCUGGCGGCGGACGCGGAGCGCCUCACAGCGGCGGCGGCGGCGGCGGAGGCAGCCACCACCGCGAUGGCGGGGACAGGCGGGCACCGCGGGCGGGGCGGCGGCCGGAUGGCGGGAGGCGGCGGUGGCGGCGGGCUGAGCCCCCGGGAGCUGCUGGCGGCUGAGGCGAGCCUGCAGCGGCGCAGUGAGGACCUGGCGCUGCAGCUGGCGGCGCUGAUGGAGCCGGGGGCGAGGCAGCGGCUCAAGGACCCUGCCGCGCGCGCCGUGGUGCGAUACAUGGAGACGCAGAUGGUGGAGCCGGAACCAGACCCAUCACCAGACCAAUCAUCAGGCCACUCCACGGGAGCUGAGGCCAAUGGGGGCGGCGGCGGCGGCGCCCUGACGGUUGACGGGCCGGGUCUGGCCCGCCUGGGUCAGUUGCUGGUGGCGGCGGUGAACUGGGAGGCCUACCGCGCCUUCAUGAGCCUGUACGGCGCCCGACACCCCGAGCUGGGGCUGCAGCUGGUCAUGCAGGCCGCCGGCAUGUCGGACGGCGACGAGUGGUGGGCGCGUCUGCCCGACGUGCCCGCCCAAGCCGCCAGCACCAGCAGCAGCGCCUCCUCCAACGGCAGCAGCAGUAGCAGUAGCAGUAGCAGUAGCAGCGCGCAGCUGCAGGUGGACUGGGAGCGGGUGGAGGCUGUAGCGGCUCUGGACGGCGACGUGCUGGCCUUCCUCACGGAGCUGGAGGCAGCUGGCGCCGCCGCCGCCGAGCAGGUGUUCAUGAAGUGGUACUUCCACCCCAGCCUUGGGCCGCGCAUCCGCUCCGGCGCGCUGCUAGACCCCUCCAGUGCGGCAGGAGCGGGAGCGGGAGCGGGAGGUGGAGCUGGAGCGGGGCUGGGAGGGGGAGGGGGGCUGAUGGACCCGAGUGCGCUGCUGGCGCGUUUGCUAGGUGACGCGGGCGUGGGGCCGAGCGGCGGGCUAGGAGGCGAGGCCUUUCCCGAGAUGGUGCGGGAGGCGAUGGCGGAGGCGGUGGCGGGGCAGGCGCAAGGGCAGGGACAAGGGCAGGGGCAGGGACAGGGGCAGGGGGAAGGCGCGGGCGGGGCGGCGGCUGGGCCGCGAGGGAGGGGGAGAGCGGGGCCGGCGUGGCCGCGGCGAGGGCCCCGGUGAGGUGAGGUGGGGUGAGGCCAGCACAGCGAUUGCAGAGCGCAGGCUGCAGGCGGGCUACUGGGGGGGGGGGGCAUGCCGGGCUGUAAGCCUGUUCCGCAGAAAGGGAGUCCUGGCCAUUUGGGUGUCUUCGUGGGCUUUCCACGUCACCGGCUCGUGAACUGCUUCGGCAGGUCCCUCUUGUAACCAAAUGCACUC